UCGAAGGCGUGCGGUUAUCGUUUUUCCCGUAGCGCUUGUUGCUCAAGUCUUUCGUUCAACACACAAAAAGCAAAACAAAUGACAAACGCGGAAAAUAGCAUAAGCUAUCUAUUAUUUAUUUAUUGCUAUUAUUAAUAAUUUCACAGUGUGCUCGGCUGUGCAAAAGUGUUCAGUGUAAAGAAGUGAAAUUUUUGGUCGUGUGUGGCACAGCAACAAAAAAAAACUGAUAGAAUACAAAAAUAAAAAAAAGAUUAAAUUAUUAUAGUUAAAACAAACCCGAUAACAAUUUGUGCCGCCCAAUUGACACACAUUUGAUACAACAAAUUUCAUAAAUCAGGGCAACAAAACAAACAAACAACACACAAAAAAAAAGAAGCGAAAUAAUGUCAAACAAAUCAAUGGCAAGCAGCAGCUGCAAGUUGCUGCCGAUGAUGUUGCUGCUGUUGCUAUUGCUGUUGCCGGCAAUGCCAGAUGCUGCUGCUGCGGCCACCGCAAAGCGACGCGCCCGAAUAUCAGCAACCAGCAGCAGCAUCAAUAGCAACAACAAUGAGUCGUUGACAGAGCCCAAGCAGGCGGCGCAGACGUCGUCAAAGACAACAGCGGCAGAAGGAAAAUUGAAAACAUCUGCAGACAGCAAAUAUGAGAUACGCGGCGUGGCUGGUGAACCAAAUUACAAAUCGGUGAAUUUGACCUGGGAAGUUGAGUUCGUGACGUCGGCCCAUGACACAGAUACCAAUUCAAAUGGGCCAAAUGGCAAUGCCAAUGCCAAUGCCGUGACAAAUAUGAGCGAUGAUGUGGAACCACCCAAAGCCUUUCAGAUCUUCUACUGUGAAAUGCAGAACUAUGGACCACAACGUUGUCGCGUUAAACUGGUGAAUGGCAGCAUCGCCGAGUUGCCAUCUCUGGAUGCUGACACUCAUCAAGUGCAGCACUUUGCCGCCGCCGUCGACAACCUGCGCAUGGCCACCAGAUACAGCUUCCACAUCCGUCCGGUGCAGCCGCGACGCCUACGCAGCAGCAGCGCACGCGCCGACUUCCACGAUGAGAACGAGAUUGAAAGUGGAGGCGCAACAGCGGCUGCCUCUCACUUGCCUGGCCAGAGCAUCAUCAUACCCACCAAGGGCUUCUCCGCCCAUGCCACACAAUGUCUGGCACAUGCCUCAGAGAUUGAGGUGGAGACUGGACCAUACUUCGGUGGUCGAAUUGUCGUCGAUGGCGGCGACUGCGGCAUUAAGGGCAAUGCCAACGAUCCGGCGGAUAAAUACACGAUGCGCAUCGAUCACAAGCUAUGUGGCAGCAUGGUCAAACCGGAGACGAACACCGUGGAGACAUUCAUCACUGUGCAGGAGAACCUAGGCAUAUUCACACACAGCACUAGGCGCUUCGUGGUUGUCUGCAGCUACCAAUCGGGCAUUCAAACGGUGCGUGCCAGCUUCACAGUGCCCGGCAAGAAUUCUGGAGUGGCAGCUGCCGUAGAGCAGAACGAUCCCUUCCAGCCGGACGACGAGCGUUUGGGCAGAGAACUGCGUCAGAUGCGCUAUGUGAACAAAAGCGAAUUGGUGCUGAAGGAGCCGGCAUACGAAUCGAUUGAGCAGCCAGCUGUGGUGAUGGAAACAAAGGCACCAGAGCUGGACGAGGGUCAGGGCCAGCUGGAGGAGGAGUCACAGCAGUCAACAGACGAGGAGGAAGAAGAGGAGGAAGUGGAUGAGACAGAGCAGCUGGCACAAAAACCGCAACAGAAGCCACUGACAGCCAAUCGACAGCAGGGCCAGCGAGCUCUCAGCCUGAGUCGCCUCAACGAGCUGAACAACUUGGCCUCUGCACUGGAUGUGGAGGCGGCGGACGAGGCGCCGGCACAGGGACGUUUGCUAGAACAGCUGGGCACAAAGUAUGCCAAACUAGUUGUGGAUCAGGGGCCGGGGGGACAUGGCUAUAAUGGUGCAAGCUGGACGUCCGCUCGGGCCAAGGCGGAUGCAAAUGAUGAUGAGUUCUAUGCCGCCUCGCUGCGUUAUAUAAGCGCCAAUCUGGGCAGCGUGCUGGUAACUGUUUCCAUAUCUGUGAUAAUCAUCAGCAUUUGCAUCGUUCUGCUGCAACGCCGCAGCAGCAGCAGCAGCAGUUGCAACAAGCGACAAUCGCAUUUGGCAUCUCACGGCUGCCCCGCCGCCCAUUUGCCGCACAAGACACUGCCCCGUGCUCUGCAGCAGCAGCAAUAUCAGUGCACCUUGUAGACACUGCAACUGCAACUACAACCUUCAGAGCGACUCCCAGUUCUGCAGCUAACUAUGCCCACUUGUCUUGCUGAAUGCAACAGAACACAGCAACAACAACGAACAACAACAACGCUUGCCUCCCCUGUGGCAGCAACUGGCUAACCCAUUUAGCUGAAGACGACUGGGCAUAUACAUAGCUGGGCCAGUGUAACAUCUUCAGCUUCAUCUGCAUCUCCUUCUUCACUUCUUUUGUCGAAGACGCCAACUGGCAAACGGUACUCACGGGAUCGAUUGUGUGGCAGCAACAACAGCAGCAAUAGCAACAACAACUUUUGCAAUUUCAACCCACACGACUCUUUGGCAAUACCGUAAUUUAUGCAAAUUUACACAACACUUAAUUUUAGGACUAUUUAUUAGCUGUGCAAAUUUUUAAUAUGAUUCUAGCAUUUAGUACUUUUUGAUAAACAGCCGAUUAGCCUUUAGUAUUGUAGCUCUUAAGUUUUUGUAUAAACUAUUUAAAGACAAUCAAUAA